AUGGAUUACGAACGUAUGCUCGCGUCUGCUGCGUCCCGACAAGGCGGCCAUGGCGCUGGAGGCGGAGACCAACCGAUGCCUGACAACGGCGAAGUCAUCCACAUUUCGUCCCUUGCACUACUCAAAAUGCUCAAACACGGCCGUGCCGGUGUACCGAUGGAAGUCAUGGGCCUCAUGCUCGGCGAAUUCGUAGACGACUAUACGGUCCAGGUCAUCGACGUCUUUGCCAUGCCCCAGAGCGGAACAAGCGUCACCGUCGAAUCCGUCGACCACGUAUUCCAAACGAAGAUGGUCGAAAUGUUGAAGCAGACGGAAGUCUUGGUGGUUGUGCGCUACAAGUGGGCUUAUGCGUUGGGUUAUGCUAGGCCGGAGAUGGUUGUAGGAUGGUACCACUCUCAUCCUGGCUUUGGAUGCUGGCUAUCCAGCGUGGACAUCAACACACAAAGUUCAUUCGAACGGCUGAACGCUCGCUCGGUAGCAGUCGUCAUCGACCCCAUUCAAUCAGUCAAGGGCAAAGUCGUCAUCGACGCCUUCCGACUCAUCAACCCGCACUCGGUCGUCCUGGGCCAAGAACCGCGCCAGACGACGUCCAACAUUGGGCACAUCAACAAGCCGAGCAUCCAGAGUCUCAUCCACGGCCUGAACAGACACUAUUAUUCUAUCGCGGUCGAUUACCGAAAGACGGAGCUGGAGCAGGCCAUGUUGAUGAAUCUGCACAAGCGUAACUGGACGGAAGGGUUGAAGUUGAAAGAUUUCGGAGGGCUGAGUCGGGAGAAUGAGGGUGCUGUCAAGUCGAUGCUCAAGUUGAGCGAGGCGUAUACCAAGUCGGUGGAAGAAGAGUCGACGCUUACUCCCGAACAACUCGCCACACGACAUGUUGGGAAGCAGGAUCCUAAACGACACUUGGAAGACGCGGUCGAAAAAGCCAUGGGCACCCAGGUUGUGCAGAGUCUAGGAACGAUGUUGUUGGCAGAGUUGUAG